UAGGUGAUGACAAAGGUGAAGAUUUUGUAGAAUUUAAAACCAUGUCACUUGAAGUGAAAAUGCCAACAGUAAAUAACCAUUUGCCAUCUUUAUUGGAACUUAAUGAGAAUGAGGAAGAAAAGGUUCCUUACACACCCACUUCUUUAGAGAGUCUACAUCAGCUACACAAGAAACUACUUCUCCUUGAGAGGAAAGAAUCAGGAACAGAAGAGUCAUUGGAUGGAAGUGUGAUAAGUGAUAUAGAAGGUGGUGAGGUAACAAUUGAUAAGUUAAAAUCAGCAUUGAAAUCUGAAAGGAAAGCCUUAAGUACUCUAUAUGCAGAACUUGAAGAAGAGAGAAGUGCAUCUGCUAUAGCAGCCAAUCAAACAAUGGCAAUGAUAAAUAGGCUUCAAGAAGAGAAAGCAGCAAUGCAGAUGGAAGCCUUGCAGUAUCAAAGAAUGAUGGAAGAACAAUCUAAGUAUGAUCAUGAGGCUUUGCAACUCUUGAAUGAGCUCAUGAUGAAGAGGGAGAAAGAGAAGCUAGAGCUAGAAAAGGAGCUUGAAGUAUAUAGAAAGAAGGUUCAUGAAAAGAUGAUGAUGUCAAGAAGAGAUGGUAGCAUGAGAAGCAGAACUUCAUCUCCCUCUUGUAGCAAUGCUGAAGAUAGUGAUGGAUUGUCCAUUGACUUGAAUCACGAAGCAAAGGAGGAAAACAGGUUUUAUAGUCAUCAAGAUCAAGAAUGA